GUGCAGUAUGUUACAAAGUACGUAACUUCUAGUUGCUCAAGGCUUUGAUUCAGUACUGCAGCUAAUUUAGCGAACUACAAUAUCACAGUUUUAAGGUGGACUAGAAGUACUGUACCAGUGGUUCAGAUUUGCUAUUAUUUCGGCGCUGCCCUGAUCAAUAAUAAUAAUAAUAAUAUUGUGACCGGCCUUAACUACUAAGGCUGUCGUUUCCAUUAUUACUGGUUACCGGCAUCGACGGUAUACUCAACCUCUAUAUUAUACUUACGACCACGACUUCCGAUUUCAGCAGCUAGUUUGAGAAAGCCAUCGAAAUGAGCGUCGUAGUAUUAUUAUUGAUCCUAAUUGUGCUACUUUUUUGCUUCCAAAGCAGAAACUAUUUUCGGCGUAUGUGGGACCGUUUUAAUGGAACCGUUCCUCCUGGUCCACCAGCAUUCCCAAUCUUGGGUACCAUCGCCAUUGACCCUAAGCGUCCAGACAAAACGUUUCGGAAAUGGGCGAAACAAUACGGCUCGAUGGUCACAUUUUUUCUUGGUGACCGAUUCUGUCUGGCCGUUAACGACAUGGAGCUGAUUCGCAAGCUGCUAAAAGAUGACAGACUCAGUGGCCGCAGCCAGAAAGGCCUUCUUCCUUUAUUGGAUAUUGACAUCGUACAUGGAAUUGUGCUCAGUGAUGGAGAACUCUGGAAAGAACAACGACGCUUUUCGCUUACUGCCCUAAGAGACUUUGGAUUCGGUAAGCAAGCUGGAGAGGACUGCAUCCAAAAAGAAGCCGCUGCACUUCUGCAGACAUUCAAAGACCAAUCUGGGCAACCGUUUAACCCUCGAUUCCCAUUAGCAAAUGCCGUUUCCAACGUCAUCGCAUUUAUGUUGUUCGGUGAUACAUUCGAAGAGAAUGAUAAUCGUUUCAAGAUGUUCGUUGAACAUAUCAAUAAAAAUCUGGCCGAAGUUUUUGGUGUGGCAGCCAUUGAAGUUUACCCAUGGUUGCGUCAUAUCCCUCCUUUUACCAAGCGAUUUCAAGGAGUAAAUGACCGGGUAAAAGAGGCACUGGGAGUACUGAAAGAUUUGGCACUGGACCACAAAAAGUCCUUUGACAAUAACCACAUUCGCGAUUACAUCGAUGCAUUUUAUUCAAAGCAAGCUAGUGGUAGCGCUUCCUUUACUGAUGAGCAAUUGGUACGAAACCUGGGUGACCUUUACAUUGCGGGUUUUGAAACAACCACGACAUUCCUGAAAUGGUCAAUCAUCUGCAUGAUCAAGUUUCCUCACGUACAGCGUAAAGUGCAGGCGGAAAUUGACAAAACAAUAGGGCAACGGUUUCCAAAUUACACGGACAAACCCAAGUGCCCAUAUACAGACGCAGUCAUUACCGAGAUCUUUAGAUUUACCAGCUUUAUUCCUUUUGGCGUUCCCCAUCGCGCUUUGGAAGACGUUCAGGUGGAUGGCUACUGCAUUCCCAAAGAUACCGAGGUCUGGCCAAUUUUAACACAUUGUUUUUCCAAUCCUCAAAAAUGGAAACAGCCUGAAGAAUUUAUGCCGGAACGGUUCCUGGAUAACGAUGAAAGAAUUAUCCAAAGUUUGGUUGACGAAGUCCAACCGUUUUCCGUUGGCAAGCGUGCCUGCCUAGGCGAACCAUUAGCACGAAUGGAGGUGUUCGUGUUUUUUGCCGCAAUAGUCCAGAACUUCACUUUGUUGCCCGAUCCAGAAAACCCACCUUCAAUGGAGCCCGUGAUUGCAUCAAUUCUUGGUCCUCAAAAUUUCGAAAUGAUUGCUCGCCCAAGAGCGUGAACCAGAAGGACCAAACACCGGCACACAGAGCUUCACGUUCGUGGUCACUGCAGCGGAUCUUUGUCGUUUUUGUCUUCUAAUGCGCACUUUGUUAAUUUUGACCUUUUUUUCCCCAGAUCCUAUAGAGUUAUCAGUAUUCCUGUUAUGUACCGUGCUUAUUUGAAUUGAUGAAGCAUUUAUACUGACUUCGGUUCUGUCAUGAGAAUAAUGUCUUAAGUUACAGUAAUACAAAUAACAAACUAAAACAAGGAAUAACGCAACUGCCAUAACGAAUAA